AUGAGACUAUUGAGUCUGUAUGACUGUUUUCUUACAGAUAUCCACUCCGUGAACAUCGACUCCAACCUGCCUUCAGCUGUACAGAUAAGUCGAAGCGCUCGAGCCAUCAAGGCCACAAGCAAAAGUAACAGUUCUCUAACUCCAGCAAUAAGAAAACAAAUCACUAAAGCUGUCAACUCUGCAACACGUAAAGUCUGCACCAAGAAAGGUCGCCAGAUAUGUGUGAAGGGAUCUCGGGGACCUCAAGGACCCCCGGGAUCUCAAGGACCACAGGGAUCCCAGGGACCUGCAGGACCUCAAGGCCCUCAGGGAAAAUCAGGAACUCCGGGAAAUUUGGGACCUCAGGGACCUCCGGGUCCUCCAGGACCCCCCGGGCCUCAAGGGCCGGCUGGGAUGAAGGGAGAUAAGGGAGAUCCCGGAGUAGCAAGUUCGUUGACUCCAACUUAUCUACAGCCAGUUAAGAACCAAUCAGAUGAUGUCAUUAAAGCCCCUGGGAUAUUAGUUCAGCCAACCUUUAGGACUGCCUUCUUAAACGAGUCAGCUACAUUUCAGUGUGCACCAGAUAAAAACGUUUACGCGACCAUCUCAUGGUCUAAAAAGGAUGGAUCUCUCCCCGUCGGAAGAUAUUCCAUCAUCAAAGGAAGACUGUUUAUCAAGAAUGUGAUCAUCAGUGACAAUGGCGUGUACGUCUGCACGAUUCGCACUCACCAGGGGACCGCACAAGCUGCUGUCACACUUAAUGUGAAAGGUAUAUAAAAAAAUAAUAAACCAUGAAAAUAUGUUUUAAAGUCAUGCUGUGCACCAAUUUAACUGCAUAGGCAAUCUAGUCGGAUUGAACUGGAAACAUUCAAAGAUUCCUCUUUUUAAUGACAAUAACUAAUCGGAUUGCCACCUGCGACAGCACAGCAAUUUUUAUUAGGAAGUCAGUGGGUGAUAGUAAGUAUGUACGUACGUAGUUCUAAAGUUCUCCUUUUAGUUUCAUAUUCUUUUCUUGAUGUCCGCAAGAUCCUUUGAAAAGAAAUUCAGCGAAUAUCUGUGAUCUAGUUAAUAUUACAGUCUCAGUUUCAGGAUAAAUACUAACCUUUCUAAAUCCACCUGAUCGCGAUAUAAGCUGCAUCCUUUAUGCGUCGAGUUAUUAUCAAAAGUCAGGACCAAAUUAUUAUCUUACGGACGUGGUUAAUACUGCUUAUAACUGCUAAUUUAUUCUUGUUUUGCACUAAGAGUCCUUUGAUACACUCCUACGAAGGGCUUGCACUUGAAGCGUGUUGUUUUUUAAUGUAUGCCGUUCUUUUUGUGCUCAUUACCUUACUAACUCAAAUGAAAAAAAAAGAAAAAACAGGACCAUUUUUUAUCUAACAAACCGCUCAGUGUACCGGCGCUUCUUUCAAAGUUAGAAGGGCAGAAGUGAGGAGAACAGAGAUAAAGUCACAACACGAAAAAACACAAACGUAAUUUCAUUGAAUGAAACUGAUCAUUUGCAGCUCUACCAGUCAUUUCACUCGCUCCAGGGCCAAUCUACGCUGAAAGCAGAAAAGAUAUCAGUCUCCCCAAAUGCCAAGUCAUCGGAUAUCCUCCUGCGGUUAUAUCCUGGACAAAGCUUUUCGAUCAACUUCCAACUGGAAGAAUCGCUGUAGAUGGUCAAACCUUAACAAUAAAGAAAGCAGAGAAUAAGGACGGAGGAACAUACAUCUGCACCGCUAGAAAUGCCAUGGGCACUUCGCACGCCAUGACUACUUUAGUAGUUAAUGUGAUGCCGCAGUUCACCGUCAAGCCACCAAAGAAGAUAGAGCGUUAUCACGGACAGUCAGUUACACUGAACUGCUCUGCAGAUGGACAGUCAGUACCGAACAUCACGUGGUCACGAUGCAAUGGAGAGUUGCCCAGGGGACGCACGCAGGUGAAGGAUGGACAGCUAAAGAUACGCGGCUUGAAGGAUGAAGACAGUGGCAUUUACAUCUGCUCUGCUCGGAGUGGGUUGCUUCAGGUGGAGACCGAAGUACAAAUUAUUGUUAAAACUGGUAAGAAGUGUUUUUCUUUGCCUGCUGGUUUUUGGGUUUUCCCUUGAACUCUGUCUAACUGAGUCGAGAUGCAACUUCAGUCGAACCCCGCUAUACGGACAUCCGCUUAAUACAGACACCUCAUUAUUAUGGACAGUUUUCUUUGUCCCUGGGGAAAAGAAACCCCUACAUUUUCUCUAAAUUCAACCCGCUUAAUACGGACACUUUCCAUGGCCCCUCAAUGUCCGUAUUAAAGGAGUUUAAUUGUACUGCAAAUCUAAUCAAUUUAAGUGUCCCUGAUUAAAUACGCAUUUACUGCCAGUUGCUACCCUGCUAGCAGAGUCGCUUCGAUCUUUCCUAACUAGGAAGAUCGCAGGAGACUCUGUUCGCAGGGUAACUACUUUGAUGUCGUACCAGUUGAAUAGGCAACAAUUCAACUUCGAUUAUAGUCAUGGCAGUACACAAUUUCAGAUACCCCUAACUCAUUCCUUAUUACGUUGACGGAUUGAUUAAUGGAUAUAUUUUAUUGAUCAUGACUGUAGCCCGAGAUUGCCAAGAACUGUUUUCUGCUGGAUUUAAAGAAAGUGGUGUGUAUACCGUCAACCCAACGAACAAAGCCAGUUUCGAAGUGUUUUGUGACAUGAAGACUGAUGGCGGAGGAUGGACAGUAUUUCACAAGCGCUUUAAUGGGGCUUGGGACUUUUACAGGGGGUGGGAAGAGUACAAGAACGGCUUUGGUGACAUCAGAGGGGAGUUUUGGCUUGGGAACGAGAAGAUUCACCAACUGACAGAGAUUCCGAGUCAGCUGCGAGUGGAAAUUAAGACAAAAAAAGAUGGCAACAAGUACGCGAAAUACAGCACUUUUACAGUCACUAACGAGGCAUCUAACUACACGCUGUUUGUUGGGUUUUACUCUGGUACAGCGGAGGAUCGACUGACUGCUCAUAAUGACAUGGCUUUCACCACAAAGGAUCGAGAUAAUGACGAAAAUGGUAACAACUGUGCUGUAACUGGAAAGGGAGCAUGGUGGUACAACAACUGUUGGAACUCAAACCUGAAUUCCAAUUAUGGUGACAGUAUUUAUGUCUGGUAUUGGAACCCACUCCUGGCUAGUGAAAUGAAAUUGAAACCCGCAAGGUCUAAAUGA